UAGAUUUCUGUUUGCUACGAAUUACCCGGCCUGAAGUAUUCUGAUGUACCAGCACAGGGGACUGAGACAGGGUCUUUGAUGGAAGAGGAAUUGGUUCUCUCUUUCUACCAUGUGGGUUCCAGGGACCAAUUCAGGUUGUUGAGCUUGGCGGCAAGCACCUUUACCCUCUGAGCCAUCUCACUGUACGCUCCCCUCCCCCAUUUUCCAGACAAGGUUUCUCUGUGUCACAGCCCUGGCUGUCUUGGAACUCAUUCUGUAGACCAGGUUGGCCUCAAACUCACAGAGAUCCAUCUGCCUCUGCCUCCCGAGUGCUGGGAUUAAAGGCGUGCGCCACCACCGCCCAUCACUGCCCCCCUUUUACAUUCUUUUCUAACCUUGGCUUUGGAUCAAUGAUCCAGCUUCCGGGAGGAAUUCCAAAAAACGAUCCGAGUGUCCUAGCCCCCGUGGACCAAUGCCGGAACCUGGCUCCAUGACCCAUUGUUUCUUGUGGCCCGGCAUCUGUAUCCCCUCCUCCUCCAGUCCUUGGUCUAGAGCCCAGGGGGAUCCAGGCACACUCCUCUCACAGAGCCGUGUGGGGUCAGGUGGCCCCAGUGACCUGGAAGCAUAUUUGACUGAAUCGCAGGCUGUGGCGACUGCUCUGUCAGUUCGGCCUGGAUCUCUCUACCCUUUCCCUCCCUUCCUUCUGCACCAGCCCUGCCGGCUCUGGGUGGGAGGGGCAGGGGGAAAUUUGCAUCAUGGGACAGCUGGAGGGCUUUUAGGGACUGCUCCAUCAAGCCAUGGCCUCUCUAGCUUUCUCCCAGCUGCUCCUGGCCAUGACUCUUCUCCGGCUGGAGUUGGAGUCAACAUUUGUCCCCACAGUCCAGUCAGAACUCAAAUCGUCAGCAGGGAAUUCUGGGCAGCAACUGAACCAAAACAAUGGAGUAGGGGAAUUAGUGCUGGUCUCCAGCUUUGUACAGCUGGGAUUUCCAAACAGGACCCGGCCACAGCAACUCCCUAAGAACUUUACUCUUCCAGCCGCUUGGACAUUCCUUCGCCCAAGAAUGCUUACUGCCCUUGGCCUUACAACAGAGUGUCGCGUCCAACACGACGGGACUCAGCUCUGCUUUUGCCGCCCUGGCUACCUGUGGAAUGCUAGGCUUUGCUCCCUUUAUCCCACCUGCCACAGCGGCGUCAGAUCGGAAAGCGAUCUCUGCAGAUGCCGCAGUUUCCACGGUCCUGCUCCUGGCUACUGCCAGGCGCUGUCGCCUGUUCCUGCAGACCUAACCCUGGACUCCCAGCUGCCUCGGGACACCCUGAACCUCAUUCUCAAGACAGCGGAGGCCACCAACCUGAGGUGGUACUUGCAGCACCCAGACAACCACAAACGCAUCUUCCUACGGCCAGGGACAAAUGUGUUCCAGAUGUCCACUCAGGGCCAGGCUGGCCUUCGUGUCGCCAGCUUAUCCCGUUACUGGACAGGUACGUAUAUGAGCAUCUUCGAGGCCCAGGGAUUCAGGCGGAGGCUGGAUCGGGCAGUGUGGGUGCCCUUGAAGAUGGAAGACGUGGUUCGGCUCCCAGACAAGCUGUCCAUCUCCUGUGCCGCCUCCACUGGCUUCCAGCUGAGCUGCUGCAUACCGCGCACAAAACUGAACUACACUGCUCUCUGGAGUCCCGGGGAGGGCAGCCAAGCCUCCUUGUAUAAUACAUCAGACUCCCAAUGCCUGGUGCUGACUGUUCAGCGCUGCCCAGCAGCUGACACCACAUAUACGUGUACCCUUCGCAGUCCGAACCUGCCUCCUCUCGUGGCUCCCGUCCCCAUCACCGUCAUCCAGGAUAGAGACACUACCUGCCCCGAGGACUUCUCAGUGGUUGCCUGGAAUGUCACCAAGGCUGGCUUCGUGGCACAGGCCCCGUGUCCUGUGAAUAAGAGGGGCGUGGUAAAGAGGCUCUGUGGGUCUGACGGCAUCUGGGGGCCCAUCCAGAACAGCUGCACAGAGGCAAAGAUCCUAAGCUUGUGUCUUGAAGCCCAGCUGCUGCUGGAAGGCCAGGGAAAGCCGGAGGAGGAGGUGCCGCGCAUCCUGAAAGAGCUGCAAGAGCAGGUGGGGGUGGCCAGCACCUCCUCUGACUUACGCGAAAUGCUGCACACUGUGACCUUCCUGGCCAAUGUGGUAGCAGAGACAAGAACAGAGCUUACAGACAGUGCCCUGAAGGAUCUCCUGACAACCACAGACAAGAUUCUAGAUGGGAACAUCAGCUCUCUGUGGACUCUGGCCCAGGCCCAGGAGCCCUCGAUGGGCUCAGAUUUCCUGGCGGCCGUGGAGACCCUGGUCCACAGCUUGAGCCCACAGCGGCAUCCUUUCCUCUUCCGCUCAUCUAAUGUGUUCCUGCAGAGCCAGCUCCUCAGACACACCUCUCCUCCUGGCUACCAAAUGUCCUUCUCGGCCUGGCCCCUCCUGCAGGCACGGAUUCCAUGGCAUUCACUGGCCCCGCUGGUCCGUAACGGAACUAAUGUCAGUAUUACUAGCCUAGUACUGCAGAAACUGGACCACCGCCUGCCCUCCCACUACGUACAAGGGCUGCGGGACACGCCGUACGCCACUCCCGGGCUGAUCCUUGUGGUCUCCAUCACAGCAGACGGCCAGGCCUUCACAAAGGCAGAGCUUCUCAUCGACUUUGCAGACAUGAACGGGACCCUGCACUGCGUCUUCUGGGACCACAGUCUCCACCAGGGUCAGGGGGCGUGGUCAGAUAAAGGGUGCCAGGUGCACGCGGCCAACGCCAGCACCGCCACUCAGUGCCUCUGCCGGCAUCUCACUGCCUUUUCCAUCCUCAUGUCCCAACACACCGUCCCGGAAAAUCCUACCCUGGACCUGCUGAGCCAAGUGGGUGUCGGGGCUUCUGUCUUGGCACUGCUCGUGUGCCUGGCCAUUUACAGGCUGGUGUGGGGCGUGGUGGUUCGGAACAAAGUCGCCUUCUUCCGCCACGCGGCCCUGUAUAACAUGGUGAUCUGCCUGCUGGUCGCAGACGCAUGCUUCCUGGGAAGCCCGUUCGUUCCUUCAGGGCACCACAGCCUUUCCUGCCUAGCCACCGCUUUCCUGUGUCACUUUUUCUACCUGGCCACGUUUUUCUGGAUGCUGGCACAGGCCUUGGUGCUGGCUCACCAACUGCUCUUUGUCUUCCAUCAGCUGUCCAAGUACUUGGUCCUCUCCCUGAUGGUGAUCCUGGGCUACCUGUGCCCACUGGGGUUCGCAGGUGUCACCCUGGGCCUCUACUUGCCUCAGAGGAAAUACCUGUGGGAGGGGAAAUGCAUGUUGAGUGGGGAUGGAGUCAUGCUGCACGCCUUCAGCGAGCCAGUGCUGGCCAUCGUCACCGUGAACGCGCUGGUCCUGGUCAUCGUUGUGCUGAAGCUCCUGAGACCGUCUCUGUCAGAGGGACCCCCCUCGGAGAAGCGCCACGCUCUUGUGGGGGUGCUAAAAGCCCUGCUUAUUCUCACGCCCAUCUUUGGCCUCACCUGGGGACUGGGUGUGGCCGUUGUAUUUGAUCCAGACUGUAUGGUCUUUCAGUACGUCUUCACUGUUCUCAACAGCUUCCAGGGUGUCUUCAUCUUAGUGUUUGGCUGCCUCACAGACAAGAAGGUACUAGAGGCCUUGCGCAAACGCUUCUGCUUCCGGGGCACCCAGUCCUCCAGUUCUGCCCUCUCCCUGGCCACAAAUGAAACCCACACCUCCGAACACAGCAAAGAAAGUGAGCAUGCCAGUUAUGAAGAAAGGAUGGCUGAUUGACAGAAGGAACCUGUGAUCUUCCAGACAUUGAAGAUGAAGGGCAGAAUUCAGUUUCUUUGGGGACAGUAUUUAGUUACAAAGUUCUUACUAAUAUAACUGCUUUAAAAAUACUUCAAAAGAGGUCAUUUACUAACCUAUGAAGUGGCACAUACAUGACAUAGAAAAAAUCUGGAGUGAUAGUGAAUUUACCUGUUAAAGCAGAUGACUGAAAAUUAAGCAACAAUGAAACUUUUGACAGUACUCUCUUAAACAGGGAGGAAAUAAAAAUACGUUUGUUUAGGCUGACAAGGGAGGAAACUGACUAUUUUAUAUUACUAACUAUAAAAAGUACUAUUGUAAAAGGUAAUGUCAGACUUUGGGAAGUCCUUUACAAUAAAUUUCUAAGUUUACAUUUACUUAUAUAACCACAAUAAAAAGCUGUCAACACACACAUGACCUGUGUGUUUCAUAGCAGAGCAAUAAAAUUGAUGGCAAUUUUAGAACAAUCUCAUAGAGAAUAUAAGCAAUCAGUUUCCUUAAGAUCAAGUGACUAAAAUGUCUCUGAAGUAACGUAAGUUUUACCGAUCUUUAUAUCUUGCUUUCACAACAUAUACAAUGUUCUGUAAUAGCCAGGUGUGGUGGUGCAUGUUCUUAACUCCAGUACUGGAAAGGCAGAGACAGGCAGAUCUCUGAAUUCAAGGCUAGCCUGGUCUACAGAGUGAGUUCCAGGACAUCCAGGGCUACACAGAGAAACCCUGUCUCAAAAAAACCAAACCAAAUCAACCAAACGAACAAAAACCAAUGUCCCGCAAUCUGUCUUUCCCUGUUCUUUUCUCAUUCUCUAUGUUUAUGGGUGUUUUGCCUACAUAUAUGUCUGCGCACCACAUUCAUGAAGUGCCUAAGAGGCCCGAAGACGGUGUCAGAUCCUCUGGAGUUACCCACGGUUGUGAGCCAUCAUAAGAGGUCUGGGAAUCAAACCCAGGUUCCUGGAAGAGCAGCCAGAGCCAUGAGCACUCUCCAGCCCUUAUUUGCAUCUUUUUAAGGGUUAGGAAAAGGUGAAGUCCUUCUAUCUUUAACUUAAAAAAAAUCAAUAUAAAAUAUCUGUAUUGGGGAAAUCUGUAUAGAAACAAGGAGGCACAUUUGAGUGACACCUGAAAGUGACAGGAUCAAGGGAAGACAGAAGAGUAAGAUGCAAGAAGACGGGACAACAAGACAUCUGGCCAAAUUAAUGGAAUCCUAAAGGGAGUGACAGGCUUUUGAGAAAAUGCGUAAGAGCAGAGAAAAAGUUCUGAUGAGUCCGUCUUUGUUGUAGCUGAAAGUUUUCCUGUGUCCCGCCCAGUCUGCAGCCGCUCAGACCCAAGUAAACACAUAGAGGCUUAUAUCGUUUUUAAACUGUGGCCGUGGCAGGCUUCCUGCUAGCUAGCUCUUUUCUCUUAAAUUAACCCAUUUCUAUUCAUCCACAUUUUGCCACGUUUUCUGUGGCAUUGCCUGCGUCCCAUUACAUGUUGCUCCUUGGGCAGCUGGCUGGCAUCUCUUUCUGCCUUCUUCCUGUCUCUCUAGUUAGAAUGUCCCACCUAACCUUAUUCUGCCUCACCAUUGGCCAAACAGCUGUAUUUUUCAACCCAUCAGAGCAACACAUAUUCAUCACACACAGAACGACAUCCCCAUCACUUUCCAGUUCAUGUGAUCCAUGGAUAUUUUUAUAAAGCGAGGUGGAAAACUUUAUUGUUAAAAUAAGAUGGGAGGGUCAGGAGAAGGCUCAACAAAUUAAAAGGCUUUGCCGUGUGAGCCCGACAACCUGAGCCUAUCAGAACCCACAAAUGGUGGAAGGA